UAAGCAAACCCCAACGUCAUUAUUAAAUAUAUUUCUUCUUCCCUUUUCACUUGUUAUAAAACGUCCAACGCAUGAUCAAAGAUUGUGAAUUACAAACCAAGAUAUCUAGAGAUUAUUAUACGUGAUAAACUGAUAAUGAUGAUGAGAAAGGGUGCAUCUGAGGAUCCCGAGAAGAAGAACAAGAAGAUGAAGAAGGGGUUGUGGUCGCCCGAAGAGGACGAGAAGCUCAAGGAGUAUAUGUUCGGCAAUGGCGAAAACGGGGGGUGCUGGAGUGAUGUGGCCAAGAAUGCAGGGUUGCAAAGGUGUGGGAAGAGCUGUAGGCUGCGGUGGAUUAAUUACUUGAGGCCUGAUCUGAAACGGGGUCCGUUUUGUCCCGUUGAGCAGAAUCUUAUUGUUUAUCUCCAUUCGGUUCUUGGCAACAAGUGGUCCAAAAUUGCAGCCCACUUGCCUGGAAGAACCGACAAUGAAAUAAAAAAUUUCUGGAAUUCCACAAUAAAGAAGAGGCUCAAGAACUCAUCAUCAACCUCCAUUGCUUCUCCAAACACAAGUGAUUCAUCUUCAGAACCUUACAAAGAUUCUGUCCUAGCAGGAAUCUUUCCCAUGCAGGCUCACAGUAACAAUAUUGUGUCAAUGUACUUAGAACCAUCAUCAUUUCUGCAACCAAUGGCUACAAAUCUCUCUGGCUUGCCUAUCGACGACAAUAAUCACAUAAACAUCCAUGCUGAACAUCGUCGUAGACCAUGUUUUCAAGGUGUCUCGAAUAGCUUGACAGCUAAUGAAGUGCAAGCUGAUGAUGAGGUUUUUGAGAAUGAUUUAGAGAUUGAAGAAGAGCAGUUCGUUCUGCAUAUGGAAAACAUGAACAUGAAAUCAGAUAUUAAAAUCGAAAGCGACUUGAAUAACUGGAACAACAAUGCAGAUAUGCAAACUUGUGGGAAUUGUGAAGGAGGAGAUGAGGUAAGAUUAGAGGAAUGGGUUGAAGAAUUAAUGAGAGACGUUUCUUUCCUUCCUUAAAUUCACAAGAUUUUUUUUACUUCUAUUCUUGUUUGAUUUGUUUCCCACCCCUCUUCAAUAAUCCCCAAAUUAUCUUCCAAAUUGGACAAAACUCUGAAAUUGUAUCAAUAAAUUAGUGGAAAUUGAAGUGUUGUAUAAGAUUGUAGUUUGUAAAGAAUGUAUUGCAGUGAGAACCAUUUUUUAUGACUAGGGUAGUGAGUGAGCUUGCGUAUACAUGUAUUGAUCAUAUACAUUGUGAUGUAAAUCUUGUAUAGAUGAGUUGCUGGUUGAAUUCCAUGUAUAAAUAUCUUGGGCCAUGUUUGUUAAUUGUAUCAGACACUUUUACAUCUUUUACAAGUUAAAU